UUAUACUUUUAGGCGGGAAAAUCGACAUUGAAAAAAAAAAACAUUGAAUUUCACAGUUGAAUUUGUAUUUUAACAAUAUUUUUAUAACUGAAGAAGAUUAAAAUGGAUAUAAAUGCUAGGCGUCGAAGAAAUCAUACAGCUGUAGUGCAUACCGAUACAGGCAUUUAUAGUCAUGAUUUAAGUUUAUACAGCGAAUAUCCAACGAAUCUGCUAGGGCUCAGCGAAUUUGAAGAAUUAGCCUUGGAAAGGCUUCAGUUGUUAAGAAUAAUUGAACAGGCCUCUCUAAAAGGGCAUAAGCUGUUUAGCAACGAUUGGAAAAAUUGCAUUAAAGAGGAUUUAAUUAAGAAUACCCUUAAAAAAUACGCACGUCUAAUGAAUGGAGCUAAUGGACAAACCGAGCUAGACAUUCAAGCAAGACGGGCAGAUCAUAUUUCUCAUUAUAUUUUAAGAUUAGCGUAUUGUCGAAGCGAAGAUUUGAGGAGAUGGUUUUUGGCUCGCGAAAUGGAUUGGUUUAGAAUCAAAUUUACAUCACAAACAUCUGCGGGCGUAUUGAAGUUUUUGGACAUAAGUAAUCUUAGAUAUACCCCAAUCUCUAAUGAAGAAAAAGAUGAAAUAAAAGGUCAUUUACUAGAUUCAACACCUGGAUUAUCACAUGCUGUUAUUAGUACAGAUUUUUAUAAAGUGCCUAUUCAUGACGUACUUUUGUUGGUAAAAGGUAGAAGAUCAUAUUUAAAGGCAGGUUUUGCUUAUAUUCCAAUGUCCGAUCUGGUAGUAUGUAUCCAAUCUAAGUUUAGGGCGAGUUUAAGUGAAAGUCUUAAUUAUAUGAGUCAUAGAAUAGCAAACCUUGAUGAUGAGAGAUUAAGUGAUCUAUUGUGUAAUUUGCAUAAUACUUAUACAGGAAAAGAUUAUGUUACUGGUCAAAACAAAGAUGCUGUAAACAUUGCUUGUUUAGAUGAAUAUUCAAAGAAACAUUUUCCCUUGUGUAUGAGACACAUGCAUGAGGUCUUAACGUCUACUCACCAUUUAAAACAUAAUGGAAGGUUGCAAUAUGGUUUAUUUUUGAAGGGGAUAGGAGUGCUCUAUGAGUCGGCUAAUGAAUUUUGGCGUAGAGAAUUUACUAAAGCCAUGGACAGUGAUAAGUUUGAAAAAAAGUACUCCUACAAUUUUAAACAUCAAUAUGGACUGGUUGGAAACAGAGUGGAUUAUUCUCCUUACAGUUGCAUAAAAAUCAUUAUGAGCAAUGUAGGACCUGGUGAAACACACGGGUGCCCAUUCAAACAUUGGGAUAAUGCCUAUUUAAAAUCUAAAUUAAAUGAAUAUGGUGUUGACCAAGAAGGUGUUAAGGAAAUAAUGACUUUAGUUAGUAACAAACACUACCAAAUAGCUUGUACAAAGUAUUUUGAGUUGACACAUGGUCAACAACAGGCAGCUAAUAGCAUUAUUCAUCCAAACCAAUAUUUUGAAGAGAGUAUGAAUUUAACCAAGGAUAGAGCUGAGAAAGCCAAAAAAUAAAUACAUAGUAUAGUUUUUUUUUAAUUAUUAUUAGAUUUAAAAUUAUUUCAAUUUAUUAUAUUAUUUCAUUAUCUCAAUAAAAAAAUUGUAUACCAACCU